UCAGAAGAAGACAUUUUGUAUUGAAAACUCAACGAGUAAGGAGCAAAUCAUAAUAUCAACGUAAAUACUCUUGAACGAGCAGGAAGUUGUGAAAAUUUAGUGAAGUCGGGAACUUGAAAAUAUAAUUUACUUAACUGCUACAGAAGAAAUAUAAUUAAAAUACAAAAAUGAAGUUUCAAUACAAGGAAGACCAUGCAUUUGAAAAGAGACGUGCUGAAGGUGACAAAAUACGUAGGAAGUAUCCAGACCGUGUACCAGUCAUUGUGGAGAAGGCGCCUAAGGCACGUAUUGGUGAUUUAGAUAAGAAGAAGUAUUUGGUUCCAUCUGACUUAACAGUUGGUCAAUUCUACUUCUUAAUUCGCAAGCGUAUACAUUUGCGCCCCGAAGAUGCAUUGUUCUUCUUCGUUAACAAUGUAAUUCCACCAACAUCGGCUACUAUGGGAUCUCUAUAUCAGGAACAUCACGAAGAAGAUUAUUUCCUGUACAUUGCCUAUUCCGAUGAAAACGUAUAUGGCAAAAACUAAGUGCAUUCACAUUUUGGGGGAAGACGUGUAUUGCGGCGUUUGGAAAACUGUCAUCGGGUUGCUGUAUAACGAAGAAAAUUACAAAGAUGACAAUUGAAUAAUACAAAAAAAUAAUUAAAUACUUUGUGCUGAUUGAAAAAAAAUUGUUUCAGUAAUAAUAUCUUGGCGAAAAGGGAAGGAAAAAUUAGCGAAUAUCAGCAAAAAA